AUGGAGCCGAGAGCCCUCAAGUGUGAUUGGAGCCGUCUCGACAGCGAGACGAGCUAUCAGGAUCGUCUCGUCUCGUACGUAGAGGAGAGCGACGAAGAAGAGGAUGCGGACAGUGAGACCCUGACCAUGACCGAUAUCUCGACGGCUGCCUCAUCGCCUGCUUUCUCAAAGUCAGCCCCUACAUCACCAGAUCAUCUUGCGUUCUUCGUCGAUAGCAGGCAAAGAUGCAUCGCGACUCGUCAGCCCUACGGACCGGGCCAGGCUGCGAUCGGUUUUGGCGCGCACGAGGACAAGCGACCUUUUGUGCUCCGAACGUACGAUCAGCGUCGUCAAAAGACCAUGUCCAUGCCAUCCGACUUUGGCCGUCAUCGGUCAGAACAUGCUGCCCGGCUCGGCCUCUCAGCAGGACGUCCCGACGAGUUGCGUCGCGAAGCUGGACUUCGAUCGGCCGCGCGCAUCUCAGGCUUACCCCUGUGGACAUGCGCACCUGUUGCAAGCUCGCAUAAACGCACACAGAGUGAGCCCAUCGAUAUCGAAACCACGCUGCGCUCACCGCCCACUCUGGAUCAAAUCGCCUGCUGGGCUCACUCGCGCCAUCUUCAGCAUGUCUCUCCAGCGUGCUCAUUCGACCGCGAAAAUCCGCCCGACAUCUGCAUCACUGCCUCGUCACCCACCGAUGAACGGAAUUCGCACGAGACGGGCCAUGGUCCGGAUCCGGAUGUUGAGUGGAGAGCAGAGAGGAUACAGCUCAUCAGGAAAGCGAUCCAACGUCGCAGUGCUCCCUCCCAGGCCAACACUCGUCUCGAUGUUUCUCUCGUCUUGCGUCGCCUCAACACGAUGGCUGCAUGA